AUGGAAAAGCCAUCGCCGGCGGCCGAACCGGUUGUACAAGAGCCUCUUCGCGCACUAGCAGAACAACAUCAAGAACAUGAAGAAGCACCAACACAAUCUAACCAUGAUUGCCUCACUCCAAACAAAACAUGGCGCUUCUGGGCAGUGUUCCCAGCACUAUGCGUGACAACUUUCCUCUCGGCCCUCGAUACAUCCAUUCUCUCAACAGCACUUCCCACCAUCGCCCUUGAUGUUGACGCCGGUGAGUCGUACAUGUGGAUUAUGAACUCAUACAUUCUGUCAUCCACGGUUGUCCUGCCACUGUUUGGCCAGACCGCAAACAUAUUCGGUCGGAGAUGGAUGUUGAUCAUCUCGGUUGUCAUAUUUGCCUUGGGGAGUGGGAUGGCCGGGGGUGCGAAGAACACUGGACUUCUUAUUGCGGGACGGACAGUCCAAGGCAUUGGUGGUGGCGGUAUCAACACCCUGGUGGACAUCGUCAUUUGUGACCUGGUCCCCCUCCGCCAGCGAGGUAAAUAUGUCGCGCUCAUGGCAGCUGUGUGGGCAGUCGGAACGGUGAUUGGCCCCGUUGUAGGCGGCGCAUUCGCCCAGUACGUCUCGUGGCGUUGGGUCUUCUAUAUCAACCUGCCACUUUGCGCUGCAUCACUUGUACUGCUAGUGCUGUUCCUUCGAGUCAUACACCCGCGCAACAGUGGCACCAUGUGGCACCAGCUCAGGCGCGUAGACCUCGUUGGUAAUGCCAUCCUUACAGCUGCCGUUAUCUCCAUUUUGCUCGCCCUCACUUGGGCCGGAACAAAGUACGCUUGGUCUUCAUGGCGAGUCCUCGUGCCUCUUAUCCUAGGGCUCGCAGGGCUGUUUCUUUUUUACGGCCAUCAAAUGUCGCGAUUCUGCGCCGAGCCCUCGAUUCCGCUUCGGCUGUUCUCAAGCGGAACUGGGAUGUGUGCACUGUGGAUUGCCUUCCUUCAGUCUGUCCUGCUGUACUGGGUCGGGUAUUUCCUACCAGUCUACUUCCAGGCUGUACGUAGCUCGACUGCCACGGAAUCUGGGCUAUACGUGCUUCCUAUCACUGCCGCAAUUGCGCCUUUUGGCAUCAUCACGGGAGUGAUCAUUGCUAUGACUGGCAAAUAUCGAGUCUUCCACUUCCUGGGAUAUAUACUCCUCACUAUUGCCAGUGGCCUCUUUUCACUGCUAGAUGACCAUUCGCCUGCUCGCGACUGGGCUGGCUUCCAGAUAAUCUUCGGCGCUGGUUCUGGUAUGAUCUUCUCCAGCACUCUGCCUCCGAUUCAGGCAUCGCUGCCCGAGUCCGAUGUGGCUACUGCAACCUCCACCUGGGCGUUUAUGCGCAGCUUUGGUUGUAUAUGGGGUAUUGUUGUUCCAACCACUAUCUUCAACGCACGUGUUCAGGAACUGCUGUAUCGCGUCAGUGAUGUGACUCUGCGUGCAAAGCUUGCUAAUGGCGGUGCAUAUGCCAUGGCUAGUGAAGGGCUGAUGCGUACUUUGCAUAAUACCCCGAAUCUUAUGACAGAAGUGCUCAGUGUUUAUCAAGAUAGUUUACGAUGGGUUUGGUGGAUUUCGAUUCCGUUUGGUGGUAUCGGGUUGCUUCUCUGUAUACCCAUUAAGCAACUGGAGCUCACGGAAGAUUUGCAUACAGAGUUUGGAUUACCCGAUGCUACAAUACAUAGAGAAGGGUGA